CCACACGCCCGCCUGGCCAAUCGGCUAGCAGCAGCGAGCAGGCCGCAGCGGGCCGGGCUACCCGGUGGAGCCGCGAGGCAUGGCGGGCGGAGCCCGGGAGGUGCUCACUCUGCAGUUGGGGCAUUUUUCGGGGUUCGUGGGAGCGCACUGGUGGAACCAGCAGGAUGCUGCGCUGGGCGGACCGGCAGAUGCCAAAGAGCCGCCGGGAGAGCUGUGCCCGGACGUCCUGUACCGCACCGGCCGAACGCUGCACGGCCAGGAGACUUACACGCCGAGGCUCAUCCUCAUGGACCUGAAGGGUAGCCUGAGCUCCCUAAAACAAGAAGGUGGACUCUACAGGGACAAACAGCUAGAUGCUGCGAUAGCAUGGCAGGGGAAGCUCACCACACACAAAGAGGAGCUUUAUUCCAGGAACCCUUACCUCCAGGACCUUCUGAGUGCAGAGGGAGUGCUGAGUAGUGAUGGUAUCUGGAGGGUCAAGUCCAUUCCCAAUGGCAAAGAUCCCCCACCACAUACUGCUACAACUCUCAAACCACUUAUCCCCAUGGAGGGUAGCAUCAGAGUUUGGUCAGAUUUUCUGAGAGUUCAUCUCCAUCCCCGGAGCAUCUGUUUGAUUCAGAAAUACAACCAUGAUGGGGAAGCAGGUCGCCUAGAGGCAUUUGGUCAAGGAGAGAGUAUCCUGAAGGACCCCAAGUACCUGGAAGAGCUAGAGGACAGGCUACACUUCUACGUGGAGGAGUGUGACUUCCUGCAGGGGUUCCAGAUCCUGUGUGACCUGCAUGAUGGCUUCUCUGGGGUAGGCGCUAAGGCUGCCGAGUUGCUGCAAGAUGAGUAUUCAGGACGGGGAAUAAUAACCUGGGGCUUGCUCCCUGGUCCUUACAAUCUCAGGGACCCCCAGAAAAACAUCUACCGUGUGUUAAACACAGCUUUUGGGCUGGUGCGCCUGUCUGCUCACAGCUCUCUGGUCUGCCCCUUGUCCCUGGGGGGAAGUCUGGGACUGCGACCUGAGCCACCUGUCAGCUUCCCUCACCUGCAUUAUGAUGCCACUCUGCCCUUCCACUGUGGUGCCAUCCUAGCCACAGCCCUGGACACAGUCACUGUUCCAUAUCGCUUGCGCUCCUCACCAGUUUCCAUGGUUCAUCUGGCUGACAUGCUGAGCUUCUCUGGGAAAAAGGUGGUGACGGCAGGAGCAACCAUCCCCUUCCCCUUGGUUCCAAGCCAGACCCUUCCUGACGCCUUGAUGCAGCUUGGAGGAGGCACCCCGUGGACCCCACUGUCUGCAUGUGGGGAUCUUUCUGGAACACAAUACUUUGCCCAGUCAGUGGUGCUAAGGGGCCUAGACAGAGCGAGCCACACCAGUCAGCUCACCCCAGGGACACCACUGCCAUCCCCGCUCCAUGCGUGUGCCACAGGGGACGAAGUCCUGGCCCAGUAUUUACAGCAGCAACAGCCUAGAGUCAGGAGCUCUUCCCACCUGCUGCUGACGCCCUGUAAGGUGGUCCCUCCUUACCCCUACCUCUUCUCCUCAAGCCUCAGCCAGCAGAAUGGUCCACUGACUGGGCCAGCAGUGGAGAGCAUCCCAGUGUUUGGGGCCCUGUGCUCCCCUUCAUCCUUGAACGGGACCCUGGAAGGCUUGGCCAAAGAGCUCACCAGACUCGACCUGCGGCGCUGGGCCAGCUUCAUGGACGCUGGCGUGGAACAGGAUGACCUGGAAGAGAUGCUGCAGGAACUGCAUGACCUGGCCCAGUGCUACCAGGGUGGUGACAGCCUCAUGGCCUGAAGUUCCGAGAAAAGAGCUACUUUACAAUAAAAACUGCUGGGUGCGGGAAGGAG